UGUUUAAUAUAUUUUACUCCACACAAAGAAACAAAAAAAGAUUUAAUUCAAUGGCUUAAACAAUUGUUUCAUGUUUAAUCUUCAUCGCCGUUUAUUCUUCUUGAAUUUUAUCUAAGUUAACCAGCUAGGUCGAUUUUGGUUACUAUUUCAACCUGAAGGAUUUUCCUGCUGACCUGCCUAAUUUUGAUCAUGUGGAUAGUCUGGUGAUAAACAGUCUUCUACCAAAGAUUAGUCACUGCUCGUAUUUCCAGUCGAUCGAAAAUAAAAAUGAUAAUGGUCGUCAACAUCCUAAAAAUGGUGCUCAAAAUCGCUUUCAAAGUUAUGAAACCUUUCAAAUAUAUUCGGCAUAAGUGGUUGAAGUUGGAACAGUACUCGAUUGAGCGAAUAUUCGUUGCAUUUUCCAAAUUUAGAACCAAAAAUUGCAAAUUUAUGCCAGUCCCACUGCAAAAGUUACGGUUUUAUCACGAUGUGCGAUGAUUUUCCUCGUGCCUCGUUUUGUGGCAUCAACAAACUGACUGUCAAUCUUGGUCGUUCAGUCAGUGAAUGAAGCUUGGUUUAAGAAGUAGCGAAGGGUGAUUAGUCGCGCGUUUCAGCAGCAGCAAGGUUACACUCACACAUUCGCACAGUAGUUUUUCAUCAUAAAAUUUUCUUUUCAAAAUAGCACCAAACUAAACUUAAUCAUCGGAAAAGUGUUCCUGGAUGCAGUUGGAACAGUUCAAUUGAUACAUUUGUUGGAUUUCGGCGAAAUUGACUUGUAAAAGUAGAAUUCUUUUUCGCACCUAUCUGCUUGGCAGCUAUGAAGUCGUAGUCCGAUUGGACGAUGUUGCUCGUCUACUGAAACUGAAUUUCUAAUUGUACGACAAUUUGAUCGAGCGGAAUAGUUUUCCGAGUGUACAGCAUCGAACCGGAAGUAUCUUUUCAGAUUGUGAAAUGAAUGGAACUUUCGAUGGAAAAUCAUCCAGCUCAUCUUCCUCGUCAUCCUCCGGCGGUGGUAGUGUUGGUGGCGGUACUGGCGGUGGUGGUAGCGGGUGUAAUGCCGGAGGAAGUAACAGUAAUUCCAACCAGCACCACCAUAAGGCUCCCCGGAACUAUAAACUGAUCGCAGAUCCAUUUCUUCACAAGGGUGUUCCAAAAAUUUAUCGUUACGAUGGAAUUGUUCCAGGUGAUCCCAGUUAUCCACCAGUGAUUCCUCGCGACCCUCGUAAUCCAUUGGCAAGGAUAAGAUCUCGCUUGGAAACAUGGGACAUUCCUGUUCCAAGGUUCAAAAUCGAUCAAAAUUAUAUUGGUGAGCCGCCGGCUAUUGAAAUUACUAUCACGAACUUGAAUGACAACAUAGACAAGCCAUUCUUGUCGGAACUAUUGGCCAAGUACGGUGUAUACACAGAACUGUACAUAUACUACCAUCCGGUUUCUCAUAAACAUCUUGGAUUAGCGCGCAUUGUUUUUGAAAAUGUCCGUUCAGCUCGUAUGUGCGUGGAAAAACUAAACGGAACAUCGGUAAUGGGCAAAAUAUUAAAUGUUUUCAAGGACGCUUUUGGCGAAGAGUGUAAACGCUUGCUUGACGAGAAAACGAAUGAACGGAAGAAAGUUCCACCCCUGCCGCCCCCAGUACCAGCUAUGCACUCGACUAUACCAUCUGUUCCAGUUCUACCUUCAAGCUAUUGUAAGACCUCUUCGAAAAUAGCCCAUCAACAGCCACAACAGUCUUCAACGUCAACAACAUCAUCUCGCCGUGGACGCGGAGGUGUCGAUUUAUUAACUAACGAGGACAAUUGGGAUGAUGAUACCGUUGUAAUUAGACCAAAAUCUUCUGUUCAUCCUCCCCCUCCUCCUGUUCCGGCGGCUCCACCGCCGUCAUCAAUGAAAGGUGCACCAGCGGAUGAUCUUGAGCAGUGGGACUCAGGCGAUUGUUCUGGUAGUGCUGGCAAUAGUCACGACUCCAGUUAUUAUAGCAGAGUUAAGUAUUCGUCAUCCAGUAAGACUACCAGCCAUUUCAAUGAUCGAGAUGAGGAUAGUCGAGGUAAAGAUAAAUACUUUGAUCGUAAGGAUCGCGAACGGAAGCACGGACAUCAUAAAAGUGAUCGUCGUGAAAGAGAACGCGAUCGAGAUCGAGAUUGGGAUCGAGGAAGAGAUAGGGAACGUGAUCGUGAUAGGGAUCGAGACCGUGAUCGCGACAGAGAACGAGGGCGAGAUCGGGAUUGGGACAGCCGGGAUCGUGAUCGAUAUGGAAGGGAUCGAGAUAAAGGUAGAAGAAGUAAAAGUAAUAGUGGUUAUGGAUGGUAUGGUGAUUCCGGUUACGCAAAUGAUAUGAGCUACUCUACGAGUGGAAGAUACUCGCAAUAUAAUUACUAUGGCUAUUCUACUUCGGAUUACGGUCAGUACGGAUAUACACAUCCAUCUACACAGAGUAGUGCUUACCCUGCUACCGGUAUAACAUCCACGAAUUCUUCCUGGGUGCCCCCGCCGCCACCCGAAGAAAAACCAAAAGCACCUCCACCCCCACCAGCUAAUGCCAAACCUAGUCUAGAUGAAAUGGAAACGUGGGACGAUGAAGAAGAGAGCCCUCCAAUUCCACCGGAACCGAAAGCGCCAUCAACUCCACCAGAAGCGCCACCAGAACCAAAAGUAGAACCACCCAAUGAAGACGAAAAUAGUGGAUCGGCACUGGAUCUUGAUACAAGGAUAGCUCUUAUGUUUAAAGAUAAAACUUUCGGUGUUGCACCUUUUUUGCAGCUAAGCGAUGGGGAAGAGGAGCAACAAGAUAAGAAAGAAGAGGGUAGUAUGGUUGAGAAAAUGCAGAAAGUAAAAAUUCAAGAAAAAAUCGAAGAGCGUUCUCCCAGUCCGCUAGAAAUUCCUGAAGAGCAAAUUAAGAAAGAAAUCAAAUUGGAGCCCCCAAAGGAAGAAGGUGCUAGCGAUAUUUCAUCUAGUGAAGAUGAAAUUCUCGCGAAGGAAAGUCCUCCUCCACCGGUAGUCAUUACUGCAACUAAACCCCCGAUGGAGGAUAUUAUAAAACGUGAGAAUGAUCAAAUGUCUUUAUCAAGUUUAUCUUCUAAUGAUGCUAAAAAUGAAGAUUCAAAAGCACCGCCUCUUCCUGCAGAACCAGCUCCUGAAGUUCCUCCACCACCGGAACCUAGCGAUACCUUUGGGUACGUAUAUCCACCAGGUAUUGCCCCCGGUAUGGGCUAUCCACCUGCUCCACCUGGAACCGAUCCAUCGUACUACUACUCCCAAUCUUAUUCGCAAAGUUCUUAUCAACAGUAUCAAUCGGGAUAUUACCAGAAUAGUUAUAUGCCUUAUAUAUCCGGGUUUUCUAGCGGAGCUUAUCCAUAUCAAGUUCCACAGUCACAACCGUACUACUCACCUAGCAAGAAAGAAACCAGUUGGAAUGAUGAUCGCUACCGUACCGCAUCAUACAACAGCUCUUCUUUCUCUGCAGGAAGAGAACGAGUGGAACAGAAAAAGCGAAACCGCUAUGAAGACGCGAUUACUGCUGUAAUAGAGCGUGUAACAGCUGAGCUCAAACAAAUCUUGAAAAAAGAUUUCAAUAAGAAAAUGAUAGAAAAUACCGCCUACAAAAAGUAUGAAGCUUGGUGGGACGAAGAGGAGCUGAAGAGUAAGGGUAAAGAUCGAGUUUUAUUCAGUGAGAUCAUACCUCUUGGUCAAAAGCAAGACAAAGCACCAGAUAUCAAUCAGUUGCUCAAUCAAACAUAUGAUAAUUUAGAUAGCAACAGCAGCUAUAUCGGUUUGGGUUUGCGGGCAACAAUUCCAAAAAUGCCAAGUUUUCGAAGGAUACGCAAACAACCGAGCCCUGUUCCGCAAGACGAUGAAGAUUCGAGACGUAGUGAUCAGGAAGAUAUGGUACAAGGAUCGGACUCGGAGAAAGAAGGGGAAGCACCGGCGUCUACGCAGUCACGAACGAAAACACCGCCACCAUCAAGUUCAUCAGAAAACGUUGAUGUUUCGAGAACUCCUGCUUCUCUUCCGCGCACAGAAAAACGAAAAGCUAGUAUUUCUUCAUUUUUCACAUCUUCCAGUGAAGAGGAAAGCAGUGCUAGUGAGACAGAUGACAGUUCUGAUACCGGAUCGAUGUCCGACGUUGAUAUGUCCUACACAAAUCGGAAGUCACAACAGUCAUCGUCUCGGGAAAAGAAAGAGAAACGAAUAUAUUCGGACUCUGAGUCAGACGACGAGCCUGAUCCGAGCGGAAGCAAGUUUCCACUUCCGUCCAGUAGUGCAGGAACACGUAACAAGACCAAAAUAUAUUCGGACUCGGAUUCGGAUGAAGUCAAUAAACCUCCGAUCAAAGAAGUUCUUCCGUCGAUCUCUACAGAAAAAGCUCGAAGCAGAAGUCCAGAGGAUGCACAAGUUGGGCAACCUGCCACAAAACAAUCACUGGAGUCGUCUUCAAUGCUACCGUUGGAUCAACUCCAUGAAGAUUUGUCGCCGGAUGUUGAAGAAAGUCCUCCGCCUCAGCAGCCACCACGAACACCUGGGCGUGAAUCUCCCAAAAAGGCUCUCUACGAACUGGACCGCAUUUAUAGCGAUUCGGAAGAAGAACGUGAGUAUCAAGAGAAACGCAGGAGAAAAGCAGAAUAUCUGGAGCAGAUAGAACGAGAGUUCCAAGAGGAACAAGCUCGCUUGGCUCUGGAGCAAGAAGAGUUACGAAAAGCGGCUGCCGCUGCACCUCCUGUUGUUGAGCCCACUAAAUCACCGGGUAAAACAGCUAGAAGCAACAAGAAAACUGCAACAGUGUCUGUGCUGCAGAAGGCGCUCAGUUCUGAAGACCCUGUAACGCCACUUACAAGUCAACCUCCCCCAACACCUGGGGCCAGCUUGCUUGAUAUUUACUCGAAAGAUCCCAUGGUUGACGCAUUCGCUAAAAUCAGUCCAGCCACAACGGCCGUGGGUCGCAAAAAGAAGACAGAGAAGACUUCCAAAACAAAAGCGAAAGGAGGUCGCAAAGCAAAAGAAACUAACGGUGUACCAUUCAGUGUCGCUCCUGUACCGGAAGUAUCAACAGCACCGGUGGAGCAAGCUCAACCCAUUCCGCCUCCCAUUACUGCCGAGUUGCCCCCUCCUGCUGCAGUCACAGCAAUUGUACAGCAAGGCACGCCUCGGCUUAGCUCUUCCGACGAUUUCUUCUCUGCGGAUGAAGAAGCUGCUGCUGCCCGGCGAGCAGCAAAAGCAUCUCCCACCUCUUCUGAUGGCGGUUCCAGCCAAGCUAGUCAGGUGGCUCUGGAUCAUUGCUAUUCUCUUCCACCAUCCGCCUCCCCAUCUUCGUCAUCACCACAACAUCAGUCAGAUUCAUCAGCGCCGGUCGCAAAAUCUGGCAACAAGUACGCUCCGUCGACGUCUGAAACACUGGCUCAUGACCACGGUUAUACAAAUAGUGAUGAAACUGGCAUUACGCCAACGGUAACAUCAUCACAAUCGUUGGUAGCUAUGCCGUCGACUCCAACGGGUUCUGUAGACGUGACAAUGCCGCUUACAUCGAUUUCAACACCAACAUCCGCGACCCGAUCGGUUGGACGGCCUAAAAAGGACGCCAGUGUACCGAAAGCGAAGCACAAAAAACGAACUGAGAAACAAGAGAAAACGGCUGCCGCAAAACAGGCUUUAGCAGCAACUGUGGCAAGUGCGUUGCCAAUGUUGUCAUACGGAACGUCCUUUAUGCCAAUCGCCAAAUAUCACGAACGAGACAUACGCUCUGAGAUGUCUAUCCUAUACGACUUUUUGACGCGUGGUAUUGACUCUGAAGAUAUUCAGUACAUUCGUCAGAGCUAUGAAAUGCUACUGACAGAUGACACCAACAACUAUUGGCUGAAUGCUACACAUUGGGUCGAUCACUGUACUACUGAUCGGAGCUUCAUCCCACCACCGACAAAGAAACGCAAGAAAGACAAAGAAUCUGUAAGUGACAUCAAACAGCAUUCGACUGGCUCAGCUCGAACACAGGGCUUCUACAAGAUCGAUCCCCGUGAAAAAGCAAAAUACAAAUAUCAUCAUCUGAAAGGAACCCCUGCUGCCAAUCAUCUCAAUAACAUUGAAACAGCAAAGGCGGCGACAAAAAUGCAAGGUCUGUCGCGAGAAGCCCGCUCCAACCAGCGUAGACUAUUGACAGCAUUCGGGGCCAGUACUGAAUCUGAGUUGCUGAAAUUCAAUCAGCUGAAGUUCCGCAAAAAGCAGCUUAAGUUCGCCAAAUCGGCCAUUCACGAUUGGGGACUGUUUGCGAUGGAGCCGAUAGCUGCAGACGAGAUGGUUAUCGAAUACGUGGGCCAGAUGGUUCGUCCUUCGGUGGCCGAUCUGCGGGAAACUAAGUACGAAGCUAUUGGCAUUGGCAGUUCGUAUCUGUUCCGGAUUGAUAUGGAAACUAUUAUUGACGCUACCAAAUGCGGCAAUUUGGCGCGGUUUAUCAAUCACAGCUGCAAUCCCAACUGCUACGCCAAGGUUAUAACUAUCGAGUCGGAAAAGAAAAUUGUCAUCUACUCUAAACAACCGAUCGGUGUGAAUGAAGAAAUUACUUACGACUACAAGUUUCCGCUGGAGGAUGAGAAGAUUCCCUGUUUGUGUGGAGCCAACGGCUGCCGCGGUACACUCAAUUAAAGUUGCACGAAUGCUCCUUACAUUAGUUGAACAUUUGUGGAACGACAAUGCUCAUGCUGAAAUUAUCGCCGUAGAAAUGAAAGAGUAAAAACGGAUAUAAUGAACGCUAGAAGAACAAACGGUGUAAAACGAAAGUGAAACAAGUUAAAAUUAGCUAAACAAAGGAACUCACCUUUUGCUUCGAAGCUCCUUGGUGACGAGUUGGUGGGAGUUUGUAAAUUCGAAUAGAAAAGUCUCCGGGCAUGCAGAAAUUGCCAUGCAUCGAAACUUACGUACAUAAAUUUCCUGUAUGUAAAAUUUGUUUGUUCAAAUCUGCCGACCAAAUACGCAAAAAAAACCUGUUGUCUGCAUUUCUUAAUUAGAAAAAACUCAUUUUGUAAAUACUCGUUAUAAGAAUACACGCAAUAUCAAGACGAUA